ACCUUUUUUUUGUCGAAGACAAAAAGAAUUUUGUGAGGCGGUCACAAAGUAUAUAUAUAUAUAAAUCGGCAAGUGUGUACAUAAUUUGCACAGACAUUCAUUUACAUACCGCGCACAAGCAGAUAUCGUAGAUCAUGGCGUCGCAUCAAUAUCACCAAAUCGCAAAUUUGCUGGAAAAAAUGACAUCCACGGACAAGGAUUUUCGAUUCAUGGCCACAAACGAUUUGAUGACCGAACUGCAAAAGGACAGUAUCAUUUUGGACGAUGAGUCGGAGAAAAAAGUGGUGCGCAUGGUUCUCAAAUUGCUCGAGGACAAAAACGGCGAGGUGCAAAAUUUGGCCGUCAAGUGUCUGGGUCCGCUGGUCAACAAGGUGAAGGAGAAUCAGGUGGAGACAAUCGUUGAUUCGCUGUGCGGCAACAUGAUGUCCAAUGUGGAGCAGUUGCGCGACAUCUCCAGCAUCGGUCUGAAGACCGUAAUUGCCGAGCUGCCACAAUCAUCCAAUUCGCUGGCACCGAAUGUCUGUCAGCGCAUCACCGGCAAACUGAGCAUUGCCAUCGAGAAGGAGGAUGUCUCUGUGAAGUUGGAAUCGUUGGAUAUAUUGUCAGAUUUGUUGUCUCGCUUUGGCGAGUUUCUUGUUCCGUUUCAUAGCACCAUAUUGAAGGCAUUGAUGCCACAGCUGGCGUCACCACGUCAAGCGGUCCGCAAACGCACAAUUGUUGCACUCUCUGUGCUUCUGAUCCAGGCGAACAGCAAUGCCUACAAUGGCGUCGUCGAUCACCUGCUCGAGGGACUGGAAAAUCCUCAAAAUCCUGGUGCAAUUCGUACCUACAUUCAAUGCCUGGCCUCCAUCUGUCGUCAGGCUGGACAUCGCCUUUGCAACCACAUUGAUCGCUCAAUGCUGCUCCUCAAGCAAUACAGCCAGCGGGACGAUGAUGAGCUGCGCGAAUUCUGCUUACAAGCCUGCGAGGCGUUUGUCUUGCGUUGCCCCGACGCUAUUAAUCCACACAUUCCAAUGAUACUGGAACUAUGCCUUAAGUAUGUUACAUACGAUCCCAACUACAACUAUGAGGCCGAUGAUGGUGACACUGGCAUUGCCAUGGACACAGAGGAGGACGAGUAUGUGGAUAGCGAGGAAUAUAGCGAUGACGACGAUAUGAGUUGGAAGGUGCGUCGUGCCGCGGCCAAGUGCUUGGAGGUCUUGAUUGCAACGCGUCACGAAUUGCUGGAGGAAUUCUAUCGUACGCUGAGUCCAGCAUUGAUUGCUCGUUUCAAGGAGCGCGAAGAGAAUGUCAAGUCGGAUAUAUUUCAUGCAUAUGUUGCAUUGCUGCGGAACACACGUCCGGCCGAGGAUAUGGCCCAUGAUCCCGAUUCGAUGGAUCAGGUGUCGGGACCGACUGUCUUGCUAAUCGAACAGCUGCCGCAGAUUAUCAAAGCCAUACAGCCGUUAAUGCGCGAGAAAUCGAUGAAGACGCGUCAGGAUUGUUUCCUGUUAUUGCGCGAACUUUUGAAUUCGCUGCCCGGUGCACUGGGUCCACAUCUGGAGAGCAUUGUGCCUGGCAUCAGUUAUUCGUUGAACGACAAGGGCUCAACCAGUAACAUGAAAAUUGAAUCGCUCGGUUUCCUCUGCUCCCUGCUGCAGGGCCAUCAACCGCAUGUGUUCCAUCCCCAUAUACCGUUGCUGGUACCACUCGUGGUCACAUCUGUAUUCGAUCCCUUCUACAAGAUUGCCACCGAGGCACUACUUGUGCUGCAACAGCUCGUCAAAGUCGUCCGACCCUUAGGUCCGAAUGCUGUCAAAUCGGAUUUUGAUGUGACACCAUUUGUGGGUCAGGUUUAUGCUUGCACGCUUCAGAAACUGAAAGUGACCGAUGUCGAUCAGGAGGUGAAGGAAAGAGCCAUCGCCUGCAUGGGCCAAAUCAUUGCCAAUAUGGGGGAUCUGCUGAAGAGUGAACUCGACGUUUGUCUGCCCAUCUUCAUGGAGCGCCUGAAGAAUGAAGUGACACGGCUGAGCAGCGUCAAAGCACUCACAAUGAUUGCGGCGUCGCCGUUGCGCAUCGAUCUUUCGCCCAUAUUGCACGAUGUGCUGCCCACCCUUGGCACAUUCUUGCGCAAGAAUCAUCGGGCGCUGAAGCUGCACUCGCUGGACCUAAUCAACAAGAUUGUCAUCAACUAUUCGUCGAACUUUGAGCCAAGUGUGCUGCAGACGGCCAUUGUUGAGAUUCCCGGCCUCAUCUCGGACUCUGAUCUGCACGUGGCCCAAUACUCAUUAACGCUGCUGAGCACCACAGCUCGGCGACAGCCCCAGGCACUGGUUGGCAUACACGAGAAGUUUUUGCCAUCUGUCUUAAUUUUAGUGCGUUCGCCGUUGCUGCAGGGCAGCGCUUUGCAGUGCACCUUGGAUCUGUUUCAGGCGCUGGUGCAGGCACAGCUGUCUGGGCUGGAUUAUCACUCACUGGUGUCCAAGCUAAUGGAGCCUGUGUUGAAUGUUAGCGAUGGCGCCACAAGGCAACCGAGUGAACAGUUGCAUCUGCACAAGCAGGCAUAUCAUUCGUCGGCCAAAUGCAUUGCGGCGUUGACCCAACAGUGUCCACAGGUGGCGACUCCGCUGGCCACCCAACUGAUGGCCGAGCUGCAGAAGCGCAGCAACAAGGAUACUCAGAUCAUCUUCUGCCUGCUCACAAUCGGUGAAAUUGGCCGACAUUUCGAUCUUAGCUCGAUAAGUGUGCUGCCCCAGACAAUCAUUGAGUGCUUUGGUGCCACAUCGGAGGAUGUGAAGGCAGCUGCCUCGCAUGCUCUCGGCGCCGUCUCUGUGGGCAGCCUGCAAACAUAUUUGCCGUUGAUUCUGAAGGAGAUUGAGGCACAGCCGAAACGACAGUAUUUGCUGCUCCACUCCCUCAAGGAGGUCAUCUCAUCGUUGUCGGUCACACCAAAUGGCCUGGCUCAACUGUUGCCGUCGGUGCCAUCGAUAUGGACGCAAUUGUUCAAGCAUUGCGAAUGCUCCGAGGAGGGAUCACGUAACGUUGUCGCCGAAUGCUUGGGCAAAUUGGUGCUCGUCAAUCCCGAAGAGCUGUUGCCACAACUGCAGCAGGCUUUGCGCUCCGAGAGCGCCACAAUGCGCACCGUUGUUGUGUCCUCGGUUAAGUUCACCAUUUCCGAUCAGCCGCAACCAAUUGAUUUGCUGCUGAAGCAGAGCAUUGGCGAGUUUCUGUUCGCCCUGCGUGAUCCGGAGCCGCAAGUGCGACGCGUCGCACUCGUCGCCUUCAAUUCGGCGGUGCACAACAAACCGAGUUUGGUGCGUGAUUUGCUGCCAACGCUGUUGCCCUGGCUAUAUUCCGAGACGAAGGUGAAGAAUGAGCUUAUUCGUGAAGUGGAAAUGGGUCCGUUUAAGCACACCGUCGAUGAUGGCCUCGAUAUACGAAAAGCGGCCUUCGAGUGCAUGUAUACACUGCUCGAGCAGGGACUGGAGCGUGUGGACGUUAUGCAGUUCAUGGAUCAUGUACAGGCUGGCCUCUGCGAUCAUUAUGACAUCAAAAUGCUGACGUACCUAAUGACAGCCCGUCUGGCCGUGCUCUGCCCCGACAAGGUUUUGCUACGACUGGAUCAGUUCGUGCAGCAGCUGCGCGACACUUGCACCCACAAGGUGAAGGCCAAUUCGGUCAAGCAGGAGUAUGAGAAACAGGACGAACUGAAGCGUUCGGCCCUUCGAGCCGUUUCAGCGCUCUCCCAAAUACCCAAAGCAAAUAAAAACCAGCAGUUACUAGACUUUUUAAAGUCAAUUAAGGAAACUCCGGAACUGUGUAAGAUCUAUGAUUAUGUGCAGAAGGAUUCAAUUACCGGCAAUUCAGACAUUGCUAUGGACCAGACUUAAAUGUGUUAAAUAGCGCUGUUCUAUGAAUAUUAAUUUUAUUAAUAAUAAUAAUGAUAAUAACGUAAUAAGAAUGUGUGAACACAAACAAAAUUAUCUCGGAUACAGCCAUUAGUUUUUAUAACUAAGCAAUAAAAACAUUUUUGUUUGUACGUCGCCCAUGCUUGACCCAAAAACAUCGAAUCCGACCGCUUGGAUGAGAUCUGUUCAAAACUUAAUCGCUUUACCAAGAGAUUUUCGAAAAAGGCAAUUCGAUGAUGAGAUUUUUGGAGUUGCGUUUGGCAUAGCGUUGUAUGAAAUAAAUUAGCAUUUAAAUAAAGUUUUUCAUGUAAACUGAA